AUGGCUCCGGCCUCUCCAACACCCCGUCGAACACCCACGGGACGCCGCAGAGGGCGUCCGCCCGGCACCACCAACGCUGCGCGUGCCCUUAGACAGGCUUCACUUGCCGCCGCUGCUGUCUCCGAACCGCCCCCCAAGAAGCGACGUCGCUACGUUCCCGGAGGCCCUGGAGGUGGUGGACGAUAUCUCGACGCCGACGCCAUCGACACCCCUGAUACAACCCGCACCAUGACAGCCUCGCGAUCCAGAACCUCGGCCUCUCGGAUGGCCCUCAACGGCGCCUCUCCGUCUCUGCCCCCACGGCGGGAGCGGAGCACAAGAGCCAGAACCGCUGCCAACGAAGACAGCGACGAGAUGCGAUGGGGAUCUGCCGCUGCCAUGGCUGCGUCCGUGAAGCAGGCCGAGGACUAUAAACCUCGAGAAGAGCGCAGCUGGGAAGAGUUCCAUCCAAACCUUGAUAUCGACCUCCCGUUUGUCAUCUUUCCUGCCGACGACGUCGACGGAAUCGUCUUACAAGACGCGCCGAAUACUCCCGCCAUAGAUGCGCCUCCACCUACCACACCACACCUAGAGUCCAUGACACCGUCCAAAUCCGUCAACCCCGCCUCGACAGGAAAUACACCAAAUCCCCAGGCAGCGCGCGGCCCAGAAGUCGACGCCGACGAUUCAGCUGCUGGCACCCCAUCACGACGCCCUCGCCGAUCCACUCGUGAAGUCGUCAGCUUUUACAACGUUCGACCCCUUGACUUUGCUCCUACCCCUAGAACCCCCAAGAUCCUCCCCAUAUCGAACCAGACGCCAAAGGAGCGGCUCGACCUUAAACAACCCCAAUAUAGAAAGACCAACCGCAUCGAACUGUUCGAAAGCAAGACUUUUGGCCAGGCACGCUAUGUUGACAAGGCCAUGAGCAAUGUUGGCUACCAAGAGAGCGACAACUUUAUUCGAUCCGAACGUACGCUGAUCAAGGCCAUUGAUGGCAAUGCCGAUGAUGAGUUUGAACAGUUUUCAGUGGCUGCGAGCGAUGAUCAUGUGCAUCAGUCUAGACUUGGUCGUGUUGAGUACGACAUGGAUGAGCAAGACGAUAUGUGGCUUGAGCAGUACAACGCCCAGCGCAAGCAAAACGAACUGGAAGCCAUCACGCGCGAGGUUUUUGAAAUCACCAUGACCAAGAUCGAAAAGGAGUGGCAUGCUUUGGAACGAAGAAUACCAAAGCCGAACCCUAAACCGCCACAGACGCACAGGCCGCGGUCCAGCUCGGCUGUGGCCGUUAACGGCGAGACUCACGGCGGGGAGGAACCCGACAGCAAAUGCGCCAUAUGCGAUGAUGGGGAUUGCGAAAAUACAAACGCAAUUGUUUUCUGCGAUGGUUGUAACCUCGCGGUUCACCAAGAAUGCUACGGUGUGCCCUUUAUUCCGGAGGGCCAGUGGCUCUGUAGGAAAUGUCAGCUAUGUGGUCGCGGAAUACCAACAUGCAUAUUCUGCCCCAAUACAGACGGCGCAUUCAAGCAAACCAACUCGUCAAAAUGGGCCCAUCUACUCUGUGCCAUGUGGAUUCCUGAAGUCUCCUUAGGAAACCAUACGUUCAUGGAGCCCGUCAUGGACGUAGAAAAGGUCCCCAAAACUAGGUGGAAGUUGACUUGUUAUAUCUGCCGACAGAGAAUGGGCGCUUGCAUUCAGUGUGGCAACAAAAAUUGCUACCAAGCCUUCCACGUCACAUGUGCCAGGAGAGCACGACUAUUCCUCAAGAUGAAGACUGUCCAGGGCACUCUUGCUGUGUUAGAUGGCAGCAUGGUGCUCAAGGCUUUUUGCGAUAAGCAUUGCCCACCGGAUCAUGCCCAAGAAAACCAGGUCCACCAGGCCACGCGAGCCGCCAAAAAGUUCUAUAAGAGGAACAUGCGUGGACGUAUCUGGGCAGACAAUCAAGCCAUGGCGAAUGUCAUUGCAGCGCAACAUCGCACUGCCAUUACGGAUCAUCCGCCUGAUGAGAGCCAGAUGACGGGCGCUAAGAACCUGGCCAUCCUGGGUGACAAGAAGAAAGGACAGCCUCCUAAAAACCUUUGGAAGCUGCCAUCUGGAGCACCCAUCAUACCCCAGGUUGUCUUUGACAUUGUCGAGGCAUCUAUUCAGCGGUUCACGUUUAGGAAGCGCAAGGACUUCCUCAGCGAAGCUUGCCGCUAUUGGACCCUGAAGAGAGAGGCACGUAGGGGUGCCGCGCUCCUCAAGCGCUUGCAGCUGCAGAUGGAGUCGUUCUCUUCCAUGGAGCUGACAAGGCGCAACUUUGCCGCCAUGGGCCCCAGCGGCAAGGCGAGACUGGCUCGCCGCAUCGAGUUUGCCCAGGGCAUCAUUCACGAGCUCGAGCAGCUCAAGGUUCUCGCCGUCGACAUUGUGCAGCGUGAAAAGCUCAAGUUGGAUGCUGCCGAGCUCGAGCAGGACUUUGUAGACGAGUGCUACUUUCCUACUGCCAAGUUACUGGUUCCUGCUGUAGAGAAGGCCAUUUCGCUGGAUAAGGGUCUCUUCACGGAUGGCUUGGCCGAUUUACAGGCAAGCAUUGAGAAGCGGGUGUAUGUCAACACCUUGAGCUUUGCACAAGACCUCGGCGAUAUCAUCAGCAAGGGAAUCUUGACUCCUCCUGAGCUCUCAGAAUCCAUUAAUCGUGAAAUGGAGGAGGAUGAAGCGGAUAACAACAGCACCAAUAACUCUAUUAUAACAUCAACAUUUUCAGACAUACGAGAGCGGCGGAAGCUCGGAAAGCGAAUUCUCAAGGCUGUGCAGCCGCUGCUUGAAAUGUCGCUGCAGGUUGAAGCCGAAAUAUCUACAAAGCCGGCUGAAGCGCUGCAGAGAGAGUUAGAGACCCUUAUUGAUGCCAGCAUCGAAGUAGGUCGACAACCCAACGCAGCAGCACAUAACGAGGCAGAUACGGCAGCUGAAGAUACCAUUAUGAUCGACGCUCCUGAGCCGUCAUCUGAAGUCCUCCCUACCAUUAAGAGUGAGCCUCUAGCAGGCGGGAGUGGCAUUGUCUCCGACAACGGCGACGUAAUGGACACUGCUGAGAAUGAUGAAGAAGAUGAUGAUGAAGACGACGAUGAAGAUGAAAACGAUCGCCAUGAAGAGGAAGAAGGUGACAGCAUCGAGGUUAAUACCGUCGGGUUGGGCAUCAUGACCAGCCGCACCUCAGGGGGCCUUGGUAUCACGACGGAGAUGAACAUUAAAUCGGCGAGAGUCAACGCUGCCAUCGCAUCCGAAACCCCUCCUAACAGCACGAGCAGCUACGUUGUCAUAACUCGCCCAUCACAAGAUGGGCCACCAACCCCACCGCAGAGUAACGGAAGCCUGGGUAAUGAACCAGCCGAUCCUCUCUCGGAAGGGGGUAUCCUUUGGUACCUUAGGGCGCUUGAGCCAUACGGAACGUCCAUCCUUGAGGAGCACUGGGCAGCCGGCCGAGAUGCAGUGCGGACGCUCAGCGAAGAGCUGACGGAUUUCGAUGACGAGGACUUUAAGGACCUUGACGAUGCCGUGACAGCCGCGGCGAUGGAUACGGAAGAGCCGAGAGAUGCGUCGAGCGCCGGCAGCACCAAGAACAAGACGGCGAGUAGACUACCAAAGAAACGAAGACCGACUAGACGGCGAUAA